UGUCCAUUACUAGGGAGAGCUAAUCACAACUCACAACUAUAGGUGGGACCCCACAUCCAUGGCUGACGUGGCAUGCCAUUCACCUUCCCAACCGCAUGUAUAUGUUUUGUUGCUGACAGCGUUGUCCAUUGACCAACGCAACCUAGUCAUGGAUGUAUUUUAUUUUAAUUUUAGGCCUUGUACUUAUGAAUUUACCUUAUUACCCCAUCCUCUUCCCCCCUCCCUCUCUGCCUCUGAUUUUUGUCUGUUGUCAAACAGCGUCCCAAAUUGAUUACAUUUAUCCAAAAAGAAAACCCUAAUAAUUGGGGAUUUGGGGAACCCUAAUCCACCUUCCCUUUAACUCAAUUUCCUCAUAUUCAAGGUCAUGGCUACAAAAAAGAUAAUAGCAAUUUGUCAAUCUGGUGGUGAAUUUGAGACUGACAAGGAUGGCUCAUUGUCAUAUAGAGGUGGGGAUGCUCAUGCUAUAGACCUUGAUGAUCAAAUGAAAUUCAAUGACUUCAAGAUGGAAGUGGCAGAAAUGUUUAAUUAUAGUGUUAAUACUAUGUCUAUCAAAUACUUCCUCCCUGGUAAUAGAAAGACUCUCAUUUCUGUCUCCAAUGACAAGGAUUUAAAGCGGAUGAUAAAAUUUCAUGGGGAUUGUGCGACUGCUGAUGUCUAUAUCAUAAUGGAAGAAAUUGUUGCUCCUGAUGUUUCUAACUUGCCAGCCAGUAGGUCAAGUAGGACAACUUUGUCUGAAGCAGUGCCUCCGCUUGAUCCACCUCUAGAUGUUGUGGAUGAUACCAAUCAACCCAAUAUUCCGCUCGGGGCCUCACUUGAUAUUGUUGAUGACACCAAUCAUAUUGAUGCACACAUUGAUUUGCCACCUGAGAUUUCAUCUAUACUUCCUCUUUCGGUUUCUGCCAGUGAGAAGCAUGCUAAAGGUGCACAGCAGUGGCAGAAUACAAUUACAGGGGUGGGGCAAAGAUUCAGUGGUGUUCACGAAUUUCGUGAGUCAUUACGUAAAUAUGCCAUUGCACAUCAGUUUGCAUUUAGGUAUAAAAAGAAUGAUAGCCAUCGUGUGACUGUUAAGUGCAAAUCAGAAGGCUGCCCUUGGAGAAUUCAUGCAUCAAGGUUGUCAACCACUCAGCUGAUAUGUAUCAAGAAGAUGAAUCCAACACACACUUGUGAAGGGGCUGCUGUGACAACAGGGCAUCAAGCAACUAGGAGUUGGGUAGCUAGUAUAAUUAAGGAGAAGUUGAAAGUUUUUCCAAAUUACAAACCCAAGGAUAUCGUGAAUGACAUUAAACAGGAAUAUGGGAUACAACUGAACUACUUUCAGGCAUGGCGUGGGAAAGAAAUUGCCAAGGAGCAGCUUCAGGGUUCAUAUAAGGAUGCAUAUGGUCAGUUACCAUUUUUCUGUGACAGGAUAAUGGAGACCAAUCCUGGCAGUCUUGCUACGUUCACCACUAAGGAAGACUCAAGUUUCCAUGGCCUCUUUAUCUCAUUCCAUGCCUCUUUGUGUGGUUUUGUACAAGGCUGCAGGCCUCUCCUUUUUCUUGAUAGCAUACCCUUGAAGUCCAAAUAUCAAGGCAUGUUGUUGGCAGCAACUGCUGCAGAUGGAGAUGAUGGUGUAUUUCCUGUUGCUUUUGCUGUUGUAGAUGCAGAAACGGAUGAUAACUGGCAUUGGUUUUUGUUACAACUGAAAUCAGCUCUGUCAAUAUCUUGUCCUAUAACGUUUGUUGCAGACAGGCAGAAGGGUUUACGGGAGUCAAUCUCUGAAAUUUUCAAGGGUUCGUAUCAUGGUUAUUGUCUGCACUACUUAACUGAGCAACUCAUUAGAGACUUGAAGGGGCAGUUUUCCCAUGAGGUGAAACGGCUCAUGAUUGAAGACCUUUAUGCUGCAGCUUUUGCACCUAGACCUGAAAGUUUUCAGAGGAGUAUUGAGAGCAUAAAAAGUAUCUCACUGGAAGCUUACAAUUGGAUCAUACAAAGUGAGCCCCAGCAUUGGGCAAAUUCAUUUUUCCAGGGUGCCAGAUAUAAUCAUAUGACAUCAAACUUUGGGGAACUCUUUUACAGCUGGGCAUCAGAUGCACACGAAUUACCUAUAACACAGAUGGUUGAUGUCAUACGGGGAAAGAUUAUGGAGUUAAUUUAUACCCGCAGGGCUGGAUCUGAUCAGUGGUUAACAAGGCUGACUCCUUCUAUGGAGGAAAAGCUGGAAAAGGAGAGCUUGAAAGUUCGUCCUCUUCAAGUGCUAUUGACUACUGGUAGCAUUUUUGAGGUUCGUGGUGAGUCCAUUGAAGUGGUUGACAUGGAUCGUUGGGAUUGUAGUUGUAAAGAUUGGCAACUUACUGGCUUACCAUGCUGCCAUGCUAUUGCUGUUAUCAGUUGCAUUGGACAAAGCCCUUACGAUUAUUGCUCCAGAUACUUUACAACUGAGAGUUACAGAUUAACCUAUGCAGAGUCUGUACAACCUAUUCCAGAUGUGGACAGGCCUCUACAGAAAGAUUCUUCACAAGCUCUGGUGACUGUAACUCCUCCACCAACACGUCGUCCACCAGGUCGGCCUACCACAAAGAAAGUAGGAUCACAAGAGGUAAUGAAGCGUCAACUCCAGUGCAGUCGAUGCAAAGGUCUUGGGCACAACAAGUCCACUUGCAAAGAGCUAUUGUAGAGUGUUGAACACUGGGUCAUAUCAAGGGUCAAGUGCAUCACAAUCUGUACAUCUAACAACUCUUUUGAAGUAGUUGAAAGACACAGUGGGAGCUGUGGUGUUAAUAUUAAUAAUGAGAGCAAUGGUUGCUGAUGAAUCUAAUGGUAGUUCUUCCACGUCAAUUAUUAUUUAUUAGGUGUACUUGUAUUCCAGUUGUUCCCUAGUUAAAGGUUAUGGACCACGGCAAUAAUUAGUAGGAAAACAGUGGUUCGUUUUUUUUUUUUUUUUUAACUAGCUAUUUCUACCCCUGUUGAUGACUUAGAUCCAAUUUUGUUGGUGUAUAAUUAUAUCAAGUUUUCUAUCCAUUAGUUUUAAGUUUGUGAAUUAAGGAUAUGCUAAGCUGAAGAACGAUGGAAGGUUGUUGGUAGGUUGAUAUUUGGAUGAGAUGGCAUCUGGUUUUGACAUGGUAAAUGCUUCAGUUUGAGACUUGCUUCAUGUAAUGCUAAUUCACAAGAAACAAGUAGGAAUGCUAUGAGGGAAAGUCAAAGAAUGGGGGUUCAUAGCUGUACACUUGCAUGCUUAGUGGUGGCUGCAGUCCUGAAGAAAUGCCAAAAGAGGAUAUAAAUCUGGCUGUAGUUACUUUGCUUU